UUGGAGGGUAUCGGAAUCAUUCUCGCCGCAUCUCCGUUUCUCGAUUCGGAUCUCUGACCCACCCACCACCACUCCCCACCUUCUCUUCCUCCCUCAGAUAAGAGGCUCAUUCUUCUUCUUCUUCACCAAUUGAUUUAGGGAAAAGAUCUUCUUCCUUUACUACCCAAUCUAUUUAUUUCCGCUGCCAUGAGUUCUGUUACCGCGAUCGUGGAUGAGCAGCAACUGGUCGAAGCUAUUCAGGAUUUGGCUCUUCAAGAUCAGGGCAAAGAGAAGAUCCAGGAAGAGACCCAUGAGCUCAAUUUCGGAAACCAUGGCGGCUGUUGUGCUAUAUGCUUGAAUGCAAUUCCUCUUCAAGAGACUGCCAUGGUGAAAGGCUGUGAGCAUACGUACUGUGUGACAUGCAUACUUCGUUGGGCGAGUUGCAAAGAGAGUCCUACAUGCCCGCAAUGUAAGCAUCCAUUUGAUUUCCUCAGUGUCCACCGGACUCUUGAUGGCAGCAUUGAAGAUUUUUUGUUUGAGGAGAGUGUGUGCCUUCUCCUGAGAGCCUCAUGGUUUAUACCGUUGGAUGUGAUGGUGGAACAGGCGUCAUACAGCUACGGCUACCACCAUGAUGAUUUCGACAUUCCUUGUGACUACGAUGAAGAUGAUGACCUUGACGAGCUUUAUAUGCACGGGUCAGGUCUUCGCAUAGGAAACCGGAGAUGGGGUGACAAUGGUUUUGUCAGAUCCGGGCGUCAAGAAGCCAGACCAGUCAAGAAACACAGUGGUUCUGGUUCUAGUUCUAGUUCCAGUUCUGGGUCAUCGUCAUGUGAGCCUAAGGAUAAGCAGGUGAAGACUACGAACACAACAGGGAGACGUGCAAAGAGGGCGAUGAAGCGGGAAGCUGCUAACAAAGCAGCUGAAGUAGCUUCAGCAGCAAAGCACGAGGCCCAUUUGGUUAGGUUGGGAAGGAAGUGAGUGUGGAUACUUCCUCUCUGUAAGUAAAUCGCACCUGUUAAAAAGCUCCCACCCACUUCCAUGACUUAGUGUCAUCCUCUGUACAGCAACUAGUUUUUAAUGUUGUGGUAUAUCUCCAGUUGUGACCUUUGUUGUCUCAUACAAUUAAUUCUUCAACAACCAUCAAAUCAUUCGACUCUGUUCAUUAAA